GGAUCGACGUCGUUAGGGUUUACUCCAAGCUCGAAGUACGCCGUCUUCUCGCGCUCCGCCACCAGCCGCACAAGGAAGUGAGGAGGGAAAGCUUCGGCGUUUUUCAAGAUGGGGAAGACUCGUGGAAUGGGAGCUGGGCGCAAGCUCAAGACUCACAGGAGGCGGCAGAGGUGGGCUGACAAAUCAUACAAGAAGAGUCAUCUUGGCAACGAAUGGAAGAAACCCUUUGCUGGUUCCUCUCAUGCCAAGGGCAUCGUCCUUGAGAAGAUAGGUAUCGAAGCUAAGCAGCCAAACUCUGCCAUCCGUAAGUGUGCUAGAGUUCAGCUCAUAAAGAACGGGAAGAAAAUUGCAGCUUUUGUUCCAAAUGAUGGUUGCUUAAACUACAUAGAAGAAAAUGAUGAAGUGCUGAUUGCUGGUUUUGGGCGUAAGGGCCACGCUGUUGGUGAUAUUCCUGGAGUGAGGUUCAAGGUUGUGAAGGUAUCUGGUGUUUCCCUUUUGGCACUCUUCAAGGAAAAGAAGGAGAAGCCUCGGUCUUAAAUGUCUCAAGACUUAUAAAUGCACCGAUUAGCCUCUUGUUUGAGUUGAAAUUAAGUACCUUGUUUAUGUUCUGUUCUGUUAAAAAACAUUUUUCAUGCAUUGAUUGUUACAAACUUUUAUUUGAGCACUUUUGAGGAUCUUUGUUUACAUUUGUUUGUCAUUAAGGCAGCCAACAACAUACGGUGGCAAAUUUACAUGUCAAUCUUCAAGUGGUAGAUUCUCUCAUCAA